UCCUGCGUUGUUUGGGGACAGUAGGAAGAUGGCGGCGGCCCCGCUGUACUGUGUCUGCCGGCAGCCCUACGAUGUGAGCCGGUUUAUGAUCGAGUGCGACAUCUGUAAAGACUGGUUUCACGGCAGCUGUGUGCAGGUAGAAGAGCAUCAUGCUGUGGAUAUUGAUGUUUACCACUGUCCCAACUGUGAUGUUGUACAAGGACCCUCCCUGAUGAAAAAGCGCAACAACUGGCACAGGCACGACUACACAGAGCCAGACGAUGGAUCGAAGCCGGUUCAGGCCGGCACCCCGGUAUUUAUCAAGGAACUCCAGGACAGGACCUUCCCCAGUGGUGAGGAGAUUCUGAUCCGGAUGAAGGGUGAGCAGGUGACAACCAGGUACCUGGAGAAACACAGCUUCAACUACCCCAUAGCGGUCACAGAGAUGGAGGGCCUAGGACUCAAACUACCACCCCCUACUUUCUCUGUCAAAGACGUCGAGCAGUAUGUGGGUGGCAACAAAGUCGUUGAUGUGAUAGAUGUGGCUCGGCAGGCAGACAGCAAGAUGAAGCUCAGCGAGUUUAUCAAGUAUUUUACCAAGCCGCAUCGACCCAAGGUCCUCAACCUCAUCAGCCUGGAGUUCUCUGACACCAAAAUGGCAGAGUUGGUGGAGGUUCCUGAUGUGGCUCUGAAGAUGUCCUGGGUAGAGAAUUACUGGCCAGACGACUCCUUUUUCCCCAAGCCCUUUGUCCAGAAGUACUGCCUAAUGGGGGUCAAGGACAGCUACACAGAUUUCCACAUUGACUUUGGGGGCACCUCCGUCUGGUACCAUGUUCUCUGGGGUGAGAAGAUCUUCUACUUGAUCAAGCCCACCGCUGCCAACCUUGCACUAUAUGAGGCAUGGAGCUCCUCGCCCAAUCAGAGUGAAGUGUUCUUUGGGGACAAAGUGGACAAGUGCUACAAGUGUAUUGUGCCCCAAGGAACCACCCUGCUCAUCCCUACAGGCUGGAUCCAUGCUGUGCUCACCUCUCAGGAUUGCAUGGCAUUUGGAGGGAACUUCCUUCACAACCUCAAUAUUGGCAUGCAGCUCAAGUGUUAUGAAAUGGAGCGUCGUCUGAAAACCCCAGACCUCUUUAAGUUUCCGUACUUCGAAGCCAUCUGUUGGUAUGUGGCCAAGAACCUCUUGGAAACACUAAAAGAGUUACGAGAGGACAACUGUUUGCCACCAAACUACCUAGUGGAGGGAGUUAAGGCUUUAAUCAUUGCACUGAGGACCUGGUUGAAAAGAGAGGUGACUGAGCCCAGCAGUGAGGUUCCAGACCAUAUCAGGCCUAACCAUCUCAUUAAAGAGCUGACUAAGGAAAUCCGCUACCUGGAGGAGGAACCAGUCAGUGGUAGCAAGCCAGUGAAAUCUCAGGGAAGUGGGUGUGGAGUAGUAUCUGGAUUAAACGGCUGCCCGGCCACUCGCUCCACACUGGAGAAGCUGAGCCAGGUCCGGCGGGCAAGAAAGGCAGCCAGGCGGCUGAGGGAGCAGCAGCGGCAGGCCCCCAAACUGCCCUCCAACCUGGACAUCUUAGAACAGCACACCAGGGAGGUGCUGAGGAGGCUGGAGGUGGGACCUCUGGAGGAGGAUGUGGCGUUCUGUGCCAAGGUUCACGGGAAGCUCAACAAAGUGUCAACUGCCUCAGCUGCUGCAGAGUCUUUAGAUGACAACCACCUACGGCUAAUGCUGGUUAACGGCAGAAUUAUCAGAGAUAUGAGGCGGCCAGCCUGCAGCCCGGUAAAGACGGAGGGUGACCGGUCAUCUGAUGACCAAGACCCACCAAAGAGCUGUGUGGAUGUGAAGUCGGAGAGGACGCGGGACAGUCAGGAGCAGCACAGCACAUCGGAGAAACCUACUCUCCUCCGUGGUCUGGAGAGGGUGAAGACUGAACUCAGGGAAGAAGCCUCAGGACACUCCAGUGUGUCAGACGUGGAGUCAGACAGUGACUCUCACUCAGAGCAUAAAACGUCCUCGUCGUCCUCGUCGUCCUCGUCGUCUUCUGACGAGGAUUCAGAGAGUUCCCAGGAGGAUGAAGAGAAGGAGAAGAGGGGCACAUCUCAGCAGAAAGGCUCAGGACACACCAUAGAGCUGGACCAGUCAGGCCAGAAACUCAGGCACAAACACAAACCACUCAAACGAGAACGUCCUACCUCACCCAGCACAGAAGAGGCCAUUCAGGGGAUGCUGUCUAUGGCUGGUCUGCUGUGCACCUCCAAGCCGGAGAAGGUAGCCUCGCCCCAGGAGCACUGGUGGUCCAGCCCCAGCCGCUGCUCGCCGCUGGAGCAGAGGGAGGCGGCGCAGCACCAGCACCGUCUGCAGGGAGACAACAGCCCGAUGGACAGCCAAGGCAACAGCAGCGAGGCCUGGGACAAUCAGGGGCUCCCCAGCCCUCUCAGCCAAAGCCACGCCAGCAGCCCAGAGACAGACUACCAGUACUGUGAUCCCUCGAUGUCUCCACCACUGCACCCCUCCAAGAGGCACGCGCCUAACCCUCCACCUAUCAGCAAUCAGGCCACGAAAGGCAAGCGGCCCAAAAAAGGAAUGGCCACAGCCAAGCAGAGACUGGGGAAGAUCCUGAAACUCAGCAGACACAAUCGAGUCUUUGUGUAACACUCCAAAUCUUCAAAGGCAAAAUGACAUGUGGGGAUGUGCUCUUGAAGAGGGGAAAAAAAGAAACAUUUGUGUAUUUGUUACCAGACACUUUUGUGCUGUAGAAAUGGGGGGGUGGGAAGAAAAAGAACACACUGCCUGGAGACGACCGCAACUGAACGAAGCUUGACACGUACAACACGCUCACUGUGCAUGCAUAGGAGACAGGGUAUUGGAUUUGAAAAUAAGCAAGUGCACGACUUCACAAGCACACUAAGAACAAAACAGAAAGGAGCAACGGGAAGCGGAGAGGACAAGCAUGUUAUGAAAUUUUCUGCUGCAGGGAAAAGUGGACUCAAGCUCCUGCGGGCAUUUAAACGGACAAAGGAGAUGUCUACCACACAACACAAAAUGCUUGCUUUCCCGUGGAGCAGCAAGAUAUCCACUGCUUCUGAUGCCAACAUCAUCUGCAUCACAUUGACUAGUAUAUCCUCUCUCUCUGCUGAACGCACCGCCCCUUCUACCCACACCUGUCACUUGCCUCAUGGCUGUCUGCGACAAACCCCAACAGGACGCAGGAGAAGAUGAAACGGAGUCGCAUCUCUAGCAGGGUUUUUUUCCCCCCUCUGGCCGAGGUGCUAAGGAGGAGAACUGCAAUUUCAAAAUGGUGCUCAUUGUUUGUACUUUUCUCUGCUCAUGCUUGUCCCCCCCCCCUCCUUUUCUCAAUCACACCAGCAAUAAUGACUUUUGAGGAGCGGAAAGAGUGAGAGGCAGCACUUUGGUGCAUUCCUCCCCCGAUUCUUCUACAUGUGGACAUCUCUAAAUCGGAGACUUAUUUACUCAUUACAGACUAAAAUAUACCCUGAAAUGUUUGAUAAUCAGACUUUGUGUCUGUUUCCGAGCAAUUUUGGCUAAAGGCUCGUUGCUCAAAGUGCUGCCUCUCUGAAUUUGUUUAAAAUAGGAAUUAAGAGUCAUUCAAUCGGCCUAAAAACCCGAAGAUGGCAAAUGAUUCGCAUGAUAUCCUGCUUAAUUUAUUUCUCGUUUUAUCUGUGAUGUUUUUUUUUAAUGUGUUUAUUUUUAUGGAUUCUGAAUGAUGUAUUUAUUAAUUGAAAGAGAAUGAUUUUAUUAUAUUUUGACUUUACAACCUCAGCUAUUUUGAGGUUUUUUCCUUUUUAUAGGAGGGGCUUCUCUUUUCUUUUUUUAUCUUUAACACAAGCUUUUUGUAAAUGUGGAUGUUCAUUAGAGUUCAUGUGAUCAUCUGUUGAGUAGCAAUUUACCUUCAUAUCUCUUAUUACCUUCUAUUGUCACCCCCUGGUGUUAAUUCUUGUCUGUUCUGGUUUCCUCUUCUCCCAUAGCCCAGCAGCUAGAAGUAUUGGGCUAUGUGCAAAUAGAAACUAGGUUAGGUUGAGAAACAUCAAUUUCAAUAUCUAACACCUGAGCUUUUUCAACUAGUGCCACUUGUCAUUUUGCAAAAAACAAGAGUAUUCUGAGCCACUGGUCGAUCCAAAGUAGUCGAUGCAUUCAGAAGAAGUGAACGCUUGAGGAACUUCAAUGGGAUGAGUGAGGUUUUUUAAAUACCAGUGCUGAUGUGUGUUUUUGCUCGGGGUGCGCAGUUCUUCACUCUCAGGGAAUGAUGCCAUGGACAUAACCUUCGAUUAACCACCAGCCACGUUACGGAUAAAGACAGGAUGCUCUCAGCACUCGCUCAAGACUUUAAACAUUCACCUCGUUCUUUGGAGUUGCUGAGAUUUCCUUUUUCAUUGCUCAAAGAAUUACUUCCUGAUCGUGGUUUAAGUUUUAAGAAUAAGCGGUGCUUUAAACCAGUCAAGUCAUUGUACUUUAUAGGCUAACACAACGUCUGUUAACAUGAAUUUGGUGUUGCUUCCUAACCCGCAUUCAGCUCAGUGUUACAGGAAUCACCCUUGCUAAGUUGACUCAAAGACAUUUCACACAUGACACCUAGGCUAACUGUUGCCAAGUAGCUUUAAGACCACUCCUUGAACAUCAUGAGACUUUGAAAGCUUUGCUCAGGUUGACUUGUAGUGCACAUUACCUGCGAGUGGCUGUGUGAUCAUUCAGCGCUGUUCACAUAAUCCCAAAACAAAUAACCAAUUUAGAAAAUAAGUGUUAUUCAUAUUGUCAGACUGAUUUCUUCCUUUUUCUUACACUACACUUUAACCUUUUUGCAUGUCAAGUCCUUGAAAACACAUGAGCUGGCCCGCAGGCAGGGUUUGUUAUAAGCUGUAGUAUUCAUUGUACAGGGUCGGUCCCUUUUUUGCUUUUAUAUCGGCUCUCUUGGCAUUUGUGUUAGGUGCGUUUGUUCUUGCUAUGUUUUUUUCCCCCCCAGAUUUAAAUGGCUUAUGAUUUUAAAUAUACAAACACUGGCUAACUGUGACACUGUUGAUGCGUUGCAUUUUGUUUCUGCAUUUCAAAAAUUGCGUGUAAAUAAAACUAAUGAAAUAACAUGU